CAAGUCGAGUCUUUUAUCAGUGUUAGUCAAGCAAGUCUCAAGUCCUCAAAUUUGCGACUCGAGUCUGACUCGAGUCAAGUCAUGUGACUCGAGUCCCCCAUGUCUGCUAGUAAGGCUGCUGGAUAACUACUCUUCUAGUAGUUAUCCAUUGAAAACCCUUGUAGCUAGUAGCCUAGCUUCAGGGCUAGGAAAGCACAUCGUAUCCCGUUCAGGGAAGCUAUUUUGUUGGCUCACUCCUUGAUUCAUUAGGUAAUUCCUGUUUUAGUCUCUCUGUUACGGACUGAGAAACUGUGCUGUUGUACAACCGUCAAAUGAAACUUUCAUGCUAGGUUAUAGCUAGCAGGAGUCAAGGUAUCUGGCUGUGAGACGGUUCUAGACCACUGGUAGGAUCGGGGAGGUCGUUAAAUGCAUCAGGGCUCAAGCUACUUCAGGGCUAGUUAAGGGCUCAUGCUGCUAUACCUGAGUCCGAUUAUACGAGUACUCUGUUGAUUACAAUCAGUGACAUGUCAGAAAGCAGCAAGUCUGCAUGUUACCAAGGGCAACGCCUGAUGGUCACGUGACGGCGGUCGGUGGCGCUCUCUAUGGUGGAGAGGUGCAUGUAGAUCAACAUCAGAGACGUGAGGAGAGGGAUGUGGCUCUGAUCCCACCACCCCACUGCCGUCCUCAUGGAUAUGAUCACAUGAAUAAUCUGCCUGACUGAAUGACGCUGGGUUAUUUACACACUAGUGCGUUUCUUGUAAUUGCAAGUAGUAUUUUCAAUGUGUGUUUUAUUUUGGUUGGUACUUAGGAAAUACAGGCUGCCUCCCUAAAGCAUUGUGUUCAUGGUGCGGUGUAUAUGUGUGUGUGUGCAUGUAUGUGUAUGUGUUGUGGCAACCCCGAUCCAACGGAGGAGUUCGAGCCCCGCCAGCGCCCUCUCUGCGGGCAGGUAGUCAGGGGGAGGUAUGUGCCGCUCGGCGCAGCGACGUGGGAGCGUGCAUCGAGCGCACCCGCGCAAUCACGGAGAUGCAGAGCACCCGGCGGAGCAAGACGGCGGAGGGAAGCUGCCGAAGACGCCGGGGAUCGAGACCCCGCCCCCCGCAGCAGGACCAGACCCGGCGCGGUGUCCUUUUUCCCAGACCAGGAAGAACCUGAGUUGACUCCUUUGUUACCUAUUUGAGUGGUUAUACGAAAUAAAAGACCGUUAACCCACACCUUGUUUGGUCCGUCUCCUUCGGAAACCUCAGCCGCCGACGAUCGGGGCUGCCACAGUGGUGGAGGAUGCGGGCAACGCGAUCCUUCGGCAGACCCUAGACGACCAUGAAUCAACUCGGAGACCAGGCCGCAACGUGGGAGGAGGAGAUCGAGGUGUUGCGGCGAUGCAUGGUCCGGAUGGCUGAGUAGCUUGCACGGGAGCCGUCCCACGCCGCCCCCAUGAAGCGGCUCACCAAACUGGGACCGGACGAUGACGUGGAGGCAUACCUCGAGAUUUUUGAGCGGACCGCGGCCCGUGAGAGGUGGCCAGCGGACCAGUGGGGCUACAUACUGGCGCCCUUCCUGUCCGGGGACGCUCAACGCGCCUACCGGGACCUCAGCAUGGCCCAGGCGGCGCACUACCCCACACUCAAGCGGGCCGUCCUCGCCCACUACGGCCACAGCCUCCCAGCCCAGGCGCAGCGGUUCCACGACUGGGAGUACGACCCCCUGGGCUCGGUGAGGAGCCAGAUAUCGCAACUCGUCCGCCUGGCGGAGCGGUGGCUCGUUGAGGGGGAGGGUCCCCCGCAGCUGGACCGGCUGGUGAUCGACAGCUGCAUCCGAGCCCUGCCCACCGGGGCCAAACGCUGGGCCUCCGGGAACCAACCCAGGACGGUGAACGACCUCGUGGAACUACUGGAGAACCACCAAGUCACCCAGCGGCUGUGCGGCGGGGCGACCCCGGCCCCCGGUGGGGCGGGGGAGACGCGGACCGAGCGACGCGGACGGACGCCGGAGAGCCAGCGCACCCAGGCACCGCGCACCCGCGCACCCGCCUACCCAAACCAGACCAUCACGGACCGCCGAGGGCCCGUCCCUCCGACCCCGAGAGAGGAGUGGAGGUGCUAAACGUGCGGCCAAACGGGCCACCUGGCCCGCCAUU